GCUGAAUGAUAUAAAGUGGGUCAGAGCAGGGGUCCAGUGAGUCACGGCACACCAGUAGUCCAUCAUGGGUCUCCUUACCGUGUCUUGCUUCUUCGUGGUGUUGGUCGCCGUGUCAGGCAUACCUGUGGAGGAAGACAGGUACGACUAUUAUGACACCGAUCCAACCAACCCAGCCACAUCCGCUCCUGGGCCCACCACCGGCACAACUGACUGCCAGUGCGGUGUGGCCAAUCUGAACCGCAUUGUGAACGGCGCCGAAGUGAAUCCCCGCAACAAGUACCCGUGGCACGUGGGCCUCAAGAAGCAGAGCGGAGCCUCCUACUGGUGUGGUGGGACCAUCAUCAACAACAAAUACGUCGUCACCGCCGCCCAUUGCUUCUUCAACACGGAAGGCGUGCGCGAAUCUGACGUCGGUCUGGUGGUGGGCGUGGCAGACCAUGACAUGAGCUCCACCUCUGACGACGUGGCAGGGGUGACACGUCUGGUCAGCGUGAAGAAAGUCAUCCUGCAUCCCAGUUACAAUCCCUCUAAGGGUGACUAUGACAUAGCGCUGCUGCAGCUGGCGGAGACGCUCGACCUCAGUAAGAACAAGGAACUGCGCGCCGUGUGCCUGCCCGAGGAUGACUCCAAGACCUAUGCGGGAGUGACGGGCAUCGCCGCUGGCUGGGGUGACCUUAUGGACAGCGGAAAUAAGCCGGACAAGCUGCAGGAGGUGGAGCUGCCUAUCCUGGAUACAUCCUGCAUGAACUUCGCCGGCAUCAGUGAGAGGAUGCUGUGUGCUGCCACCGAGAAAGGUGACAAGGACACCUGCCAAGGUGACUCUGGCGGACCGCUCUUUGUGGUGGAGAGUUCCAAGUACAAGCUGGUCGGUAUCACCUCCUUUGGCACUGGCAAGUGUGCCGAGAAGGGCAAGCCUGGGGUGUACGCCAGGGUUUCCAAGUUCCUUACUUGGAUCAAGCAGAACACCGCCGAUGCAGCCUACUGCAAAAAUUAAUGCUGCCUAACAAUAUCUGCCAGUGUGGACAGCGCAGCAGCCCUCAUUUUUUACCAUGCCCCCCUACCUCCAAGAUGACCUCACUUUUCAGUACGCGCAGAGGUAAUGGAAGCUUAGACAACGCCUCUCCCUCCGCAUCGCGAAGAAGAGGCGCGGUCUCUGCAGUUCCGCAAAGCUGCUUCCUGAAGGCGUCUUUGCUCUCCAAGCCUCUUUAUCAGUCUCUGCUGCGGAGCGCUCUUCCUCUUUACCUUUAAAUAUCAAUUAAGUGUCCAUUGCUGAAUAAAUUGUGCACUAAAAUAA